UUUCGGAAAGUAAAGGAUGUCUCUCGUAAAUGAGGCCUGAACACUCCUCUUGAGCACAAUAGCUAGCGAUUGAACACCCUGAUAACUUAAAAACAAAUUGAAGACAAUCCAGCCUCAAAUUUUCGAAAUUAUUAAAAAUAGGCAGCCUGAACUUGUCACAGCUUUUUCAUAAGAAUCGCCCCGCAAAACGAUACUGAGUGUCUAGAUUGCCCAUUUGUCGAAGCGAUUGUAUAGAAAACGAAUCCGAUCUGAUGUUAACUGUAUCUUCAUAGCACUACCUCAGUUUCUUGCCACCUUUGAUGUCUCAAUUUACCCUAUCUACAAAUUUCUGUUUUGAUGUACAGCUUUCCUUUUUACCGCCAGCAGUUCCACCCGUUACAUGCACACGUUAAAAUUGCUGAUGUCUCCUUAUCAAUUUGCUUUGAAUGUUUUUUAUGUUUUUCAUUUAAUCAAAACCUGCCAAUACAGUAAUAAAAUUCAAGUCAAUGCAGGUGAAUGACCUCGUGUCAAUAAUUAGGCCAUUUAUAGGCUGGUUAGUACAAGCUACAAAAAUAGAUCAAAUUGACCUCGAUUACGCAAUUACAUACAGGUCAUUGCAGUUAUCAUAGGCUUUAAUAAAUUCACUUGCACUGGACAUUGCAUGUCCAAAGCCACCAGAUAUAACUACCAUCCAAUCAUUUUUGUCAAACUGUUCACGUGAUGCGGACAACCAACCAACUUUGUGAUGGUUAACCUUUCCAUGCAGAGGCAUCUAAUAAUAUCUAGAUAUAUGCGAUGUCAAACGCUUUGACUUGUGAUGUUAUGAAAUUUUAUUGCUGGCUUAGCCGGUGUUAAUUAUUCAAGACCAACUAAGGAUUUGCAAUCAGUGAUUUUUGUCAAUGUUUCUCUCUGCUUUGCCGCAAUUGGCUUAAAGCCCUGAGUCGCGCACUGUCCUAGCAUUUCAGAUAUUGUUGGCAGGUCAAGUAUAGAUUGAGAAUUGCUUUGAUCAUUUCAACUAGCUUGCGAAACCGAUAUACAGAAGAUUUAAAACAAGGCGCAUCGAAGGACAUUACGUGAUGCCUGCUUCAGAGCGUGUUCGAUUUAUUCUCGGUGCCAUCAACGAGAAGGAUGAAAAUGCCAAGGAGACAACUUGUACCAAGCAUGAACUAUUCACAGAAUUGGAAGAAUUUGUUACGUAUGAUGAUGGACACGAGGAAUGGAAAGAAACUGCAAGAUGGUUCAAGUAUGAGGAAGACGUUGAAGAAGGGGGUGACAGAUGGAGCAAGCCCCACGUUGCAACCUUGUCACUUUACAGUCUUUUUGAAGUUAGGAACUGUUUAAUGUCUGGAACUGUAAUAUUAGACAUGGAGGCGGACAGUCUAGCACAAAUAGCUGACCUCGUCCUUGACCAUCUAAUUUCCUGCAACAAAUUAGAGGAGAAUGCACGAUACAAGGUAAGGGACACCUUACUUCGGCAGCACCGGCAUCAGAAGCCCCAAGGGAUUCGCAAAGGCCUAAGCAACAUCAUGGGCAAAAACAGGCCUAGUAGUAACCAAGCAAAUGGCUUCAAUUCGAGAAAGAACAGCACUGUCAGCCUGCCUGUGAAUGAAAGGAACGCCGAGAAUGGGGUUUAUGCUACAUUUCCAACUGGAAGGAAACCAGAUGCAGAUAAGAUUCUAUCAUACAAAAGAUCAACAUUCCACAGAUCCGAAUCUGUGCCCGGUCAUCUGGUAUACCAGGAAAGAAAUCAAGCAACUGAGGAUGUCAGCGAAAAGCUUUCUGGCUUCAUGAAGAAACUUCCAACGAAUUCCGAAGCCUCAAACGUUCUUGUUGGUGAGGUCGACUUUCUUGUAAAGCCAAUCACAGCUUUCAUACGUCUGGAACAAGGUGUUAUCCUUGGAGAUCUUACUGAAGUACCUAUCCCGACUCGGUUUCUUUUCAUUAUGAUGGGCCCAGCGAUCUGCCCGGGAAAAUACCAUGAAAUAGGAAGAUCGAUAUCAACGUUAAUGGCAGACGAGAUUUUCCAUGACGUCGCAUAUAUGGCAAAGAAAAGAGAUGAUCUUAUUGCUGGCUUUGAUGAUUUUCUUGAAAAGGUGACAGUACUACCCCCUGGUGAAUGGGAUCCUUCAAUUCGCAUUGAACCACCCCCUGAAACCCCAACCAGUGACAAUCGCUGGCCAAACGGGUCAGAUGGAAGGAGAAACGCGGACACUCAUUCGUUGAAUGGCGCGAGGACUGGUAACAGCUCUGAUAACAAUGACGAGGAGGAUGGCCUAGCUUUCCGCUACUUUUUGAGAAACAAAGCAAUUUUCGGUGGCUUACAUCAAGACUUUUGUAAUUGGAAAAAACGGACUGGAGAUCUACGGGAUGCCUGCAACUGGCAGUGUAUUGGAACUGUUUUCUUUGUGUAUUUUACUGCCCUUGCCAUGAUUCUUGUGUUUGGUACACUUUCACAACGAGCUACCAAUAAUAUAAUGGGAUUCCGAGAACAUAUUUUGGCAAUAUCAAUAAAUGGUAUUAUUGUAUCGCUGUUUGGUGGUCAGCCAUUGGUUAUUCUAGGCUUUACUUUGCCUCUGGUUGCAUUUGAUCACGUUUUGUAUCAGUUGUCGGAUAAGUUCGAUUUGGACUUUUUGCCGUUCCGGAUGUGGAUUGGAAUGUGGACUAUUGUUUUCCUGGUGUUAUUCCUAGCAUUUGGAGUAUCUAUUUACGUCCGGUAUUUCUCACGGUUCAUCAUAGAAAUCUUUCUUCUACUGAUUAGCUUCUCUGUAAUUUAUAAUUCCUUAGGCAUGCUUUAUGAAAUCAAAAAGACUCACCCGGUAUCAACACCGUAUUUCCGGGAGCAUAGUUGUGUUUGUGUGCGGUACAUCAUGGAUGCAGCCAACCAAACGAACUUUCCAGGAGGUAGCAAACCGAAUUCCACACAAAGUUCUCCCAGUAAAACGCAGUACUUGAACGUUUCUUUUGGAGAGUGCAUUUUGCAAGGUGGCACCUUGCUUGGAGGUGGAUGCCAUACUGGUGUAUACUUCUUGUCGUUGCUACUCGCCAUUUCCUCGUUCGUACUGGUCAGCAUUCUAGCGUACCUCAGAAUUUCAGGAUUUUUCCCAAGAUCGUUGAGGCGGACUAUCGCGGAUUGUGCUACUCUGAUAACAGUAGUUGUCAUGUCUGGCGCUGGUUACAGCUAUAGGAACGAGGUUAACAUCAGCUUCCUGUAUACCCCAGCCUCGUAUUCGCCAAGUGAAUCGAUGAGGUCAUCAUGGAUGGUGACAACGAUUGGAGAAAAUUCGCUUUGGAUUGUUGUUGUUGCUGUUAUCCCAGCUGUGCUUUUAACGAUGAUUUUGUUCUUGGAACAGAAUAUGGCAACUAUGGUUGCAAAUAAAAAAGAAAAUAGACUUAAGAAACCCUAUGGUUAUCACCUGGACCUUCUUGCUCAAAUAAUUGGAGUUCUGCUGUCAUCAAUUUUCGGAUUACCAUUUACGGUUGGAUCAGCGCUGUUAACUGUCAAUCAUAUACAGAGCCUGCAUAUAGUCUGUGCCGAGUACCAAAGGUCAAAGAUCAAAGGUGUAAGAGAGCAACGAUUCACAGCCCUCGCAGUUUAUGUACUAUUAAUAUUGACUCCAUUGUUCCAUUCUGCUCUCAAAUGUAUUCCACAGCCAGUAUUGCUUGCUAUUCUUGCAUUUGCUGGCUUCAGGAUGAUACAUAAAAUUCAGUUUAUGGACCGGUUGCGGGUAAUGCUGAUGCCUCCAAAAAACCAGCCUGACAUGAUUUACCUGAGACAGAUUCCAACAUUAACUGUUCAUUUCUAUACGAUCAUCCAAAUCCUGUGUUUCGUGUUCUUGUGUGGAUUCCGAAUGACGGAGGCCAGCAUUGCAUUUCCAUUCGCCGUCAUUUUGGUGAUGUUAUUCCGCAUAGCGCUUUCAAAGUUGUUCAGCUCACCUCAUUUAGUAAUUCUGGAUGAACUGCUACCCCCGUCUUCAUGGCAGAAAAGCAUUAUGAUGGCAGAGAAACGAUUGCUGCAAGACCUUGACAAGGAGGUAGGCGAAGACAUCGACACGGAUGAUGCAAAGUCCGACGAGGUUAUCAUAGAUUUCCGUAACGGUGAUUCCUAUGGAGUUUCCAUCUCGGAGGAGAUCGUAAAAAUGCCUGUCUGGAAGAAGCUGAUCCGAGAGGAGAGUUCUCCUGCGACUUCAUUGCAAGAUUCGCCAAAGCAUAACGACCGAAAGAGAAGACGAAAGUCGCGCAAGAAACAAGACAGGACUCGGUCUUCACCAAAACCGGAAAGCGAAGACGACAAAAAUUUACUUGAAGAGUUCGAGAUAUCUUCGCUUCCUGCACCAUGGGAUUUACCCUACCAAUCACCUCCACGGACAGAUUCAAAGUUUUUGACAAUAAACGAUUAUGAAGUUAACGUCGAUCCGGCAUGUUCAAGGCCCGAAUCAAAAAGUGUCACGACCGAGUCCGAAACGAACAAAUCCGACGGGGUUUAUAGUUAAUAUUAGAUAGUUUAUAAGACCUAUUAUAAAUUGUUGUUUAGAAAUUGUCCGCUUUAAAUAGAGCUUAUGCUAUUCCAAUACGGCAACACAACCGUAAAUGGCGUUAGACUGAGCACGAAUAUUCAUCCAACACGCAUGAUAAAGAAUUUAGAAAUUUUGCGCUCGCGAAUUGGAUGCACGUUUCCUUUUACGAAGGCAAAUUGCAAAUAACCACAUGGCAGAUAACCAUUUAGAGGUUUAUCUAAGCCGUAUUGGCUUUUAGUUUGCUUCUUAGUUUCGCCUGUAUCAGGGGCGGCGAAAGAAAUCGAUGACAACUGGCUGUACAAUUCCAUAUACUGACAUAUAUACUGCUAAAAAUAUGAUAGACAGCUGUCAAUUACUCGUCAGCCAAUCAGAAUAACCAUCUGGAACGGGAAGACCCAGAGAUUCCUAAUAUAAGCUAGGACGCACCAGUGUCUCCUCAAAUGGCGAUUUCUACUUCACUGCCACUAAUGCAGGUCGUUUAUAGUAAUGCUUUGCUCCUUGCUUUUUAGGUCUUUGUAUUUCAAGCUUUUUAUGUUUCAACCCUUUGAACGAUGCACGGGUUUCUUGAACAACUAAAGUGAUGCUAUCUCGCUUAAAGUAGUUGCUAAAAGUUGCUUAGAAUUUCCAGCCCAAGAAAAGUUCGAUAGAGUCACUUACACAGCAUGAUUAAAAAAAGGUGUAACACCGAUUUAGUUAAAUAUCUCUAAAAGGAUUUGAUCAAGCAUGCCUUGCAAUAUUUUUAAUACAAUUAUCUUCGAUUUGUUAAUAAUCAAAAUAUUGUUAUGAAUUCGGGCAAAUAUAUCUUGAUAUCCAGCAACAAAACUGCACAUAUUUAAGAAAGCAAGAACUGUCAUUUAAGAAAUGCUGGUAGACCGAAGUGCAUUUUGGGUAACAAUGCAUUUUGGGUUGCAUUUACAGCAUUAUUAGCAGGUAGAAAUAGAACUCUUGAUAGCGACUUGUGCGAUGCACUUAUUGUUAUGUUGGUAGAUGACGCUGAAUUGUUUUCCGUUAAAAACAUUUUAAUAGUAAACUAUCAGUCGGUCUUGUUUAAAAUAACCUUGUCAGGUGGAAUUUUAUAUCUUGUUUCAGUUGGUGCAUGUGAUAGAAAAUGAAAAACAAUGGUUUACCGUAUUUGAAAAGCUACGGCGUAAACCAUUGCUAGAAUUUGUGAUCAGGUGUCGUGAACCAUCAGAAUAGCUUUGCCUUGCUGUUCUUCUGUUGUUUAUAAAAUUAUGUUACCCAGGGAUUCUGUUACGCAAAAACGUGCACCAUGUACAAAUUACAGUGAAUAACCUUCUUUCUCGGCUUAGUUUUUUCGUAGUCUUGCUCUUUGUUCAUAUUUCUACGCACAACACUGUUAUUGGUUCUUGCAUGUAUAAUGGUUGCUUUUGUUAAUAAAAUGUUAUUAAUUGCAAUCUUGUAUCAUCAAAUAGCUUUAGAUUCCCUGUAAAUGCCUCUAAAUGUUCUUUUGAUCCGGUGUGCCAACUUUUUGCCUGAUCUACCACCCACCCCAUCAUAGUAGAAUUUUUUUCAAGAGAAGGAGGUUAGGUGCUUCUUCUGUUUUUAGCAGCCAUUGAUAUUUGACAUGGUCACCCUGAAGUGCAUCGAAUUGAUAAAGCAAUGAAAAUAUGAUGUUAGUUCGUGGUGACCCUUAGCACAACAGAGUGCUGCUUGGCUUAUAUAACACUGGCUCCAAUGUUACACCAAGUCAUACCUACCACAGACCAGUCCACGCCAGACCAUUUUAGACUAGAUCACCCUAGACCAGUCUAUAGCAGACCAGUCUAUAGCAGACCACCUCGGACUAGACCCUCUCAUCUAAUCUGGGCUGACCUGACCAGACCAGACCUGACCAGACCAGACCUGACCAGACCAGACCUGACCAGACCAGACCUGACCCGAGGGAUCUUUCUGUGCUGCGAUCCAGGAACAUUUUUCAAAUAGGCUUGUUUGGUACUCCAUUCCUGUCGCAUUAUAGACUCAUUUUCAAGUUGAAAAGUAAAGUUGCUACGUUCUUAGGUGUAAUCGUGUUUUCUCCAAUUUUAGAAUUUGUAGUUAAUUUUAUCGUUAGAAAUAAGAUCGGUAUUUGAAUGGAGGGAUAGCCCUUCGUCUUAUUACUUCACAUUUAUAUUAAUUGGUACUUUUAUUUAAAGUGUUAUGUGGCUUGAUGAUCACUUGUUUUUGCCUA